AUGUUUUGGCGCUUUGGGGGAUAUGCGAAUCUUUCCACCAUCGAUACCCUGCUCGACAAACCCGAUCUCACUCUUGAGGAACUCUUAGACGAGCCCGAAACUAUUCAAGAACUGAAACAGCUUAAUACGAAACUCAUUGAAUAUCUGCGCGAGGAUCAUGCCUUGAAACGGCUUAUGGAAUACGUCACGGCACCGAGCUUGGUGAAUGACGACGAAGAUGAUGCGAAAGACACUUCAGAGAAGGGCAAGGAUGAUGCCGCUUCUGCGGAGCAGACAGAUAUGGACGAGGAGAAGGAAGGGGAUCUGAGGGAUAUUCUUGACCCGGAUGACCUAGACAAAGUCGAAAAGAAGCGUCUGACGCAUGCCUAUAUCGCCUGUGAGAUUCUCUCAUCAGAGACAUGGUCCAUCCUCGAAUCCAUGAUGGCCAACCCUGCAUACUUGGGCGAAUUCUGGGGUUUCCUGCGACGACCUCCUCCUCUUGAUUCAUUGCAGGCAAGCUACUUCACGAAAGUAAACGAGACUUUGCUUGAUAAAAAGACCGACGAGAUGCUGGAGUUUCUCAACACCCUUGAUGGAAUUGUCCCAGCAUUGUUGCAGCAUGUUGAUAACCCGAUGGUCAUGGAUCUUCUCUUGAAAAUUAUCAGUCUUGAGAAGGCAGAGGGUGGCCAGGGCACUGUUGACUGGCUCAGAUCCCAGGGUUUGAUCCCCAAUCUUCUGUCUUUCUUGUCCCCCGAUCGUCCGGCGUCCGUUCAAACCUCUGCAGGUGACUUCCUGAAAGCGAUCAUCACUAUAUCUGCAAACGCAAGCCCGAACGACCAGUCAUGUAUUGGUCCUAACAGUUUGACACGCCAGCUUGUCUCCACCGAGUGCGUACAGCAGCUCAUCGAUGCGAUGCUCAAGGGUGGCAAUCCCCUGACUGUGGGCGUGGGUAUUGUCAUCGAGGUAAUUCGCAAGAACAAUUCCGACUAUGAUCCGGAGUCCCUUGGCGGACCCGAUACAAUGCUCACCACUUACGACCCAAUCUACCUUGGAACGUUGCUGCGUCUCUUCGCUAAACAUAUUCCCCAGUUCAUGGCUCUCAUUCAAAGUUCCCAGCACACUAUUCAUGAGGGAAAUAAGCUCAAGACUGUUGAGCGAGGAAAGUUGAACUCUGCUUGGGGUGGGCAAAUUGAGCCUCUUGGUUUCGACCGAUUCAAGACGUGUGAAUUAAUGGCGGAGCUGCUUCAUUGCAGUAAUAUGGGUCUUCUGAAUGAACCAGGCAGCGACGAGUAUGUUAGGCAACGAGACGAGGAGCGUGAGCGGUUAAUCCGUGAAGGAGGGUUCGAUACGCGAGGCUUCGAUACACACCAAGAUGAGCAUUCUGGAGUUGAUACCGCGGCCGAUUUUGCGAACGAUUCAGCCCUCGAUUCUGGAUCCCCAGAAGAUGCCAAGGUCACAGAAGUGCCACACGUGGGUGAAGAUGACGGAUUUGAAGAUGUUGGCGCAUCUGGUGAUUUAGUGAGUGCAAAAGCUGAUGCCGACACAACGGCUACUGCAAACUCGCAGCCGACGGAAACGGUCAGCGAAACCUCUCCAUCGGAAAUCACAGAGCCAGAGCCGGUGUCUUCCGAAGAAACCACGGAUAAAUCUGAAAGUUCCACCACACCCAUUGAUCCCUCGUCGCCUACUACUGGUCUCUCUGAUCAAGUCAGCGCCAUGAAUCUUGAAAGUGAACCACAAGACGAGCAGCAGGAGCCUGGAAAGGACAACCAGGAGCCUGUGGCUUCCCUCUCCCAAGAUGUUCCAGCUCCUCUCUUCUCCAAGGAACAAGCAUCCGAGUCAGACUCCGCCCCAGCCGAUCAAUCGGAAGAACCAUCUAGUCUUAUUGAACAGGUCGAGGAAACGAGCGUUCCGAACGACGGAGGCGAUGAGGACUCGGCCGAACAAUACAUCCAACUCGAUACUGACGGGCGACCUGUGGUCGGCGAUUACCUGAAGAUCCAGUUCGUGGAGAAUAAAGUUGUCCCAACGAUUCUGGGCUUCUUCUUCCGCUUCCCAUGGAAUAACUUCCUGCACAAUGUUGUUUACGAUGUGAUUCAACAAGUCUUUAAUGGGCCCAUGGAGCGUGGCUACAAUCGGGCACUCGCAGUCGAUGUAUUUGACACCGGACGAAUCACUACCGCGAUUGUUGAAGGGCAGAAGCGCAGCGAUGAGACCCAGCGGACUAAGCAAAUCCGUCUCGGAUAUAUGGGACACCUUACUCUUGUUGCGGAGGAGGUCGUCAAGUUCAGCGAGCGUCAUCCGCCAGAGUUACUCUCACGGUCCGUUAUGGAGAGCGUGUUGAAUCCCGACUGGAUUGAGUACGUCGAACAAACUUUAUCAGAGACUCGCGAACGCGACAAUGCUAUUCUCGGCGGUGUUCGUCCUGAUAUAUCGGUUGGGCCUCGCCAGACUAGCCUUAACAACACCAACUCUGGCCAAGGCUUCUCUAACUCCGCUCUGGCGGACGUGGGAUUGAAUGGAGGAAUCGGUGGCUCAACCUUCCAGAGUUUCGACCUCGGCCAAGGAGGUGUUUCCGGUGGAGCAUUCGGCGGAGGUGGCACCUCCCUUUUGAGUGGCUUUGCCAGCUCAAGCGACGACGAGGACGAAGAAAUGGAGGACCAGGACGAGAGAGACUCCGGCAAUGCCGAUCAAAAUGACAAUGACAAUUGCUUGGGCAAUGUGGGCUUGACUAAAACUGGUAUCAUGCCUGUGUUCACAAGUUCAGCCAGUCAACCUAUUCCUAUCUUACCCCCGCCACCUGCUCCAUUGAGCUUGGGCCCUUCCCGCGCACGCCGUCAGUUAGCCGCACGUCUUGCCGCUCAAAAGCAACAACCAUCAGAAAAUGAAGGCGACGGAGAUUACAGGGGGGCCGAAGGAAGUGAGGACCGAGAGUCAGAUUGGCCGGAUAACCCAUUCGUAAUUGCAGGGAUCGAUGACCCCGCCGACGCAGGCAGCUCUGCGUUCCCUAAUAGUGACUUUGGUUCAGCCGAUGGCAAACACUCACCUACCUUCCCGGAAUCAGGAUUCAGCCCUCCAGACUCGCUAUCAACUAACUCAUCUGAAGAUGAAGGUGAUGGCCACGCAGAAUCCGUGAGGCGACAGGUUCGUGUCCCUCUAGAAGUCGAGGAUGACGACGAUGAUGAAAUGGGUGAGAUGGUCGGGCCGAGUGGCAUUGGCAUGAUGGACUCCGACGACGAAGACGAGGCUAUCAUAAACGAAUCUCUUGGUUACUCCAACCUCUCGGGCCCCGCCCGAUACAACAACUUCCGAUCACGAGCCGUGAGCUCCCAUUAUGAUGAUGAGCAAAACGACAGCAGUGAUGGCGAAGAUGAUGGAUUGGUGGAGAUAAUGGUCCCUGGCCGCAAGGCCUCGACCUCGAACUAA